CCCCUUUCCAGUCCCAUUCGUUUCAAGAGUCCCAGCCCAAUCGGAAUUCGAGGGCCGUUGCUUUCUCCCGCGACGACUGCCGAGGCGCCGGAGGAGAACCCAAUCCUCGCCCUUCUCUCCAUCUCUCCUCCUCCUCCUCGGGACCUCUCUGCUCUCUGGGCGUCUCCUCCCCCUCUCCUCCCUCCUGCCUCCUCUCUCUCCGUGCUUAACCCUUCUCUCGUUUGUCCCACAGUUGAUCGAUAUGAAGAGGGCCCGAUGCGUUCUUCUUCCUCGAAUCUCAAUUUCCCGUCUUCCACUCAUUUUUUACAUCAUCCUGUGCUCUGUUCCGGGAAUCUUUUCAACAAAGAAUGUUACACUUGGGUCAAUCCAAAUUUUUAAGACUCAUGAAUUUCUGCCUCGAAAACCAACCAUUUAUUUUUACUGUAAAGGAGAGAACAAGAUAAUCUUGCCAGAUGUGAAGGAGAAACACUUCUUCUACACUUUCAAGGGCAAAGAAUCUUGGCAGCCUCUGACAGAGCUUACAGAUAAUAAGUGCAAGCGCUGUGGUCUGUAUGAGAUGGACAGGAUAAAAUCUGAUGAUGUUUUUGAUGAGUGGGAGCUGUGUCUUGAUGAUUUUAUAGAUGGAAAAUCUAUACAUUUUAAGGAGAAGGAGUUCAAUGCCACAUUCAUAUGCGGGCAAUGUAGAGCUGGUGGUGUUGUUCCAGUUGUAGAUUCUGGUGUAACUUCUAGCUCAAAGAGCGGCUCUGUGGACAAGAAAAUGAAUGUGGUUCUAGUGAUAGUUAUCAGUGCUUUGGUUUCUGCAAUAGCUGCUGCGGGAACAGUUGGUGCACACAAAUACUGGCAGAAGAGGAAGAGAGAACAAGACCAGGCUCGAUUUCUAAAGCUUUUCGAAGAUGGAGAUGACAUUGAAGAUGAACUUGGUCUGGAGCAGAUAUAAUGAAAACCUAUAGAUCGAUUUUUUUUUUUAAUCGACAAUGUACUAUAUAUAGUGUUCCACCAAUUUCUGUUAGAUGUUCUACAGACUUCGGAAUACUGAAUGCAGAUUCUGGAUCAUACGCCAAGGCAACUUAGGGGUGGACAAAUACAAUGCUCUUUAGAAAAAUUCUCGUAUUUUUUAGCUGAAGUGGCGCAUUGUGUUGUAUCGCUACGGGAAAGGGCAGAACAGAUUCAAAUAUACUUGGGAGUUGGGAGAGAGAUACUUGAGCUGUUGAUAAGAUUUCAUGCUGUUUUUUGUUUUUGCCAAGCAUCAUGAAGAAAUGGCAAUCAAAUUAUUCCUGUCCAUACUUAUAAGGAAAUAUUAUCAUAUAAAAUCUUCAUUAGGCUAA